AUGAGUCUAUCCGAGCUAAGCUAUAGGACUGUAGAAAAGGUGCUUCCGGAAGACUUACUUAAGCUAUCUUUGAUCUACAUACUUCUUGCUCUCGACUUUCUUUAUAUAGAAGCCAAGAUUGUUUAUACUAAAAAUAACAUUAUGCUUAGCAUAGAGGAUAAGUUAAUUCUCGUCGAAUUUGAAGAAGUAGAGAGAUCUAGCCCUAGCUCUUAUAAAAUCAUUAGAAAUCAGGUAAUCUAUUCCUCCCGUGACCUAGAGAUCCUAAAGGGUCUUUUUGAGCGAAAGCAUCUCCUCUACGCCCGUAAUUCAAACAGGAAAAUUUCAGACAGCCACCACCUCGCUAGGAUAAUAAAUAGCGAGUAUACGAUAAAGUUCUUCGAUCGUGACGAUAUAUACCGGGGAAAAUCCUUCUAUAUGUUUAGAGAAGCUAGAAGGCAAUUUGCGAGGUACACGAUAAAGUUUAUUUCUCUGUUUUAUGCGGAAGAUGCUCUGGUAGCAACCGGAAAAUCGAGCGUCUGCGAAGGAGUUACUAGCAGACCCUUGGCUUAA